AUGAGGCUCACCAGUCUUCUUCUAUCCGUUAGUGGGGUAGGAGUCUUCGCCCUCGGGAGUCCAAUCUCAUGCGUGAGUGCAAUCGAAAAAGCGAUUUCUGACUUCAAGUUCCCGAACGAAGAGUCCGCCUGCACCGGGAAUCUUUCUGUGCAUUCUCUCUGGGCAGCGGCCAAGACAUAUUGCUCGCCGGAGGAGAUCAGGGCUGGCUCAGCCUACCUCUUGGGCAACUGUGAUGGCGGCGAACUUGUCCCUUAUUCUCAGAUUGAGCCACAGCUCACUGAGGAGUAUAUGCAAUCUUUGCCUGUUGUCAAUUUUGAGAACCUGCAGGAAAGGAAACUCUGGCAUACUGCUGUGCUGCUAUCACCGGAACUUUACACGAUUGCAUUGCAAUCACAGGUAAUAAACGAGAGAGAGAUGGGAAACAAGAGCCGCUACGGAUGGGCUCUGUAUGGCUUCUGGGGCGGGGUUCUCCUCAUGGGGAUGCUCAAUAAUAUCCUCUCCACGAUGUUCCACUAUCGCCUUGCACGGCAAGUGGUCGAUGUCGAGGGCGAAAAGAUUGCUAGCCACCGUGGCCCUCUGAAGGCUAUCCAUCACUGGGUAAAAGCCAAGUUGAUCAUCCCUGCUACUAUGGGAUCGCACCAUCAACGCCUGUUCGGCAUUGCCACCGUCCCUACCCGACUGGAAACCAUCGUCGUCUGCUGCUAUUGGGCGUUGAACCUCAUCCUCGGUGCUGUAUCGCACGAGGCAACAUGGCCGAACACUGGCUUUCCCAUUCCUUACCAGCUUUGGCAGAAAGUGGCGAACCGAGUGAUUACACUGGCAGUCUUCAAUUUGCCCUGGGUUUGGUUGUUCGCUGGGCGUAAUAAUAUCUUUCUGUGGUUGACAGGAUGGUCAUACACCACGUUCAGUAUUUUCCACCGGAAUGUUGCGCGGAUCAUCUUCGUCGAGGCUGUCGUGCAUGCUUCGUGUUGGACGGUGAUGGGACAUUUCGACGGGCAAUACUUCCCGGCCUGGCAUAAACUAUUCUGGAGAAUGGGCGUUGUUGCUAUAUGCUCAUUUGGCAUGAUCAUCUUAUUCUCCUUCUCCCCGUUUCGGAAGCACUUUUAUGAAUUCUUUCUCCUGGCACACAUUGCCUUUGCUGUACUCGCUCUCGUCGGCGUGUUUUACCACACGUCCAUCUGGAACGGCAGAUACAACCCUUAUCUGUGGUCUGUGGUUGCCAUCUGGGCCUUUGACCGCACAGUCCGGGUGCUCCGUCUCUGCUACUACAACCUCCGCCUCGGAUUCUCUACCGAUAUGCUCGACUCCCUUGCCACUAUCCGCUAUAGUCAGGAAACAGACGUCAUUCAACUCGAGGUCACAGCGCAACGAAAGACUCUUGCGCCCAGCCCUGGAGAGCACUACUUCCUGUACCGGCCUCUCAGAUGGAGGGGCUGGGAGAGCCAUCCAUUCACCCUAGCUGCCUGGGAGCCUGUCGAGUCUCCCACGGUGACUCAGAGGACAGCCGUCGAGCACGCGCAGGUGCCUAGGAAGAGUCAGGCCGAGUAUGUGAAAGACGAAAAGUCCCCCUACUCCACCCAAGCGCGAAGCGGCCCCCCAAGCACCACGACGCUCUCAGAUAUUGAAGAAACCUGGCAGCGACGCAAACUGGUCUUCUGGGUGCGUCCGUGCUCAGGUUGGACACGGUCUCUCCGGGACGCGUGUCUCAAACAACCCCACCUCCCGCUCAAAACAAAACUGCUCAUCGAGGGGCCAUACGGCCAUACCAUGCCGCUGCACACCUACGACAACGUCCUCUUCCUCAUCGGAGGCACGGGUAUCUCUGUGGCGACGUCCUAUCUGACCGACCAUAUGCGUCGAUCGACGAUUAACCCGCCCAGGACUCGAACGAAGAAUAUCAAGUUGCUGUGGGCAGUCAGACAGGCACAACAUGUCGUCGACACAUUUGACGGCCCGGUCGGGCCAGUCUUCAGAUGCGACGCCGUGAGCACUGUGCUGUACGCUACUGGGGAUGCCGAGAUCUCCCAGAAAGCAAAGGAUCUGGGGAUCAUAUCCCGCAGACCUAAUGUGCGCGAUGAGAUCUUUAGAUAUGUGGAGGAGGCGUGCCCUACGGAGCGAACUGCAGUUCUCAUGUGUGGACCUGCUGGUAUGGCGGACGCGGUCAGAGACGCUAUAAAGACUGUGGUCAACAAUGGUCAGAAGGAUGUGGAAUACUUCGAGGAGGCAUAUGGGUGGUAA